UGGCCCACAGUACAUUAGCAAAGCAAUAUUUCUUCCACGUCCUCCACACCCACUGCAAAGAAGAUAGUAAAUAAACAUUUUAUAUAAAAAGGGGUUGAAACCGAUACCCCAUCAUUCUGCCCCAGAUUGUGACAGAAAACGGCCGCCAUCUUGAGAGAGCUGUCAAUUUUGCCGCCAUAAUUCCUAUGUUUCAGUUUUGCUUUUAAUUUCAUUAGGCAAAGAUGUUGAAAUUCGCGGCUAUAGUUUCCUUGAUGCUUAUAGUGGUUUGGCCCCAAGCUGACUCUAGAAGGCAUAAAAAGGAUGCUACCCCGUCUAAUGAUUUUGACCCAGGCAGCACAAUCUGGGCGGCAGGGCUGUCGUGUGAGUCGUGCGGGCGCGAGUGCGCGGCGGCGUGCGGCACCCGCCACUUCCGCGCCUGCUGCUUCAACUACCUGCGGAGGAAGAGGGUGUCUCCAGGAGUGGGGGCUAAUAAGCACUGGCCAUCGAGAAUGGAUGAAGACAAAAUGGACGACCGACCAAGAUUGAAAAAAAUACCAAUUUUCGCCAUAGAAGAUGUACCAGAACCGUGGAUGAGCAACGAAAUAGACUCCUACGCAUUAGAAGAUAGCUUUGAAAAUCGUCUGCCCUUACCCUAUGACAUGUAGACUAUUGUAGAC